ACAUAGCAUUCAUGCAUGCACAGCACAAUUAAUGUUUGUUUCAAUAGCCUGAAUGUCUCUGUAGACAAACUUAUGCAGACAGCGGAUGAUUCUGCAUGCAGAUUCUGGAUGCACAGGGGAGCUUUGUCUUCUCAGCAGCAUGUUUCGAGUCCGGUAAUGGACCUGCAUGCCAUGAUUCACAUACACGAACAAGGAUCACAGCAAGAAAUUUUACAGGAAGAUCCCAAUGCAAAUCAGAGGCACAGAGAACGUAUCUUUAGACCAAGAGUAUCCCUGUUUGGUUUAAACGAGGAAGAAGUUCGAUCUAGGUACCGCUUCAGCACUGAAGUUAUUCUGGAGCUUUUUGAACAAAUCCAGCAAGAUAUAGAGCCUAACUGUGAGCGAAACCAUGCUGUUCCUGGAAUGGUGAAAUUACUAAGUGCCCUUCAUUAUUUUGCCUCAGCAUCAUUUCAAGGUACAGUGUCUGCACUUUCUGGGAUAUCCCAGCCCAGUUUCAGCAGGCAUCUAACUCAGGUGUUAAAGGCAAUAAACAAACUUACUCCACAAUAUAUUGUAUUUCCAUCAGACAAAGCUGCAUUACAAACAAUAAAAGAUGGCUUCCAAAAAAUCUCAUUUUUUCCCAAUGUUAUGGGGAUAAUUGACUGCACUCACGUUGCUCUGUCCCCUCCUACAGAAGACAUUUACAGAAACAGUAAAAAUUUUCACUCUUUAAAUGUCCAGAUGGUGUGUGCAGCCGAUAUGCGGAUUCUUAACUUGGUAGCUGGUUAUCCUGGAUCAACCCACGAUUCCUAUAUUUUAAAGCAUUCGAGCUUGCACUCAAUUUUGACAUCUGGCAAUUUACCAGAAGGUUGGAUACUGGGUGAUGAUGCAUAUCCGGUGACUGAAUACUUACUAACACCUGUCAAGGAUGCAAAAACAAAGGCAGAAAAACAAUAUAACGCUGCACACACGUUAGCUCACUCCAUCAUUGAGCGUACAUUUGGAUCUAUUAAAAGUCGCUUCCGUUGUCUGGAUCGAUCAGGCGGUGUACUGCAGUAUUCUCCAGAAAAGGGAGCUCAGAUCAUCCUGGCCUGCUGCAUUUUGCAUAACUUGGCAGUCAGUCGCAAUUUGCAUAUUGACAUUCUUGAUGAUCUUGAGGCUCCACCCCCAGUUCCACCAGUUUCUGAAGAGGAGAACACACAAGCUGGAAAAAGAACCAGAAUUCGAGUUAUCAACCAACAUUUCUCAUGAGAUUUCUCAGCUUGGAAUGGAAUACACCUGCUUCCUAUGGAUGUAGAUGGCUACAUCUCCACCUCUACAUGAAAAAUGACAGAAUCACCUAUCUGCUUUAGUGCUACAUAGUAGUCCAUAGUUAACAAUGUAUUCAUUUUACAUACUGCCAGCAUUCCUCAAAAUGAAAUUAUUAACAGAAAGAUUUACCUAUCUAUAUAUGUGUGUCCAUAAGAGGUUUUGUAGAGAUCACUGGACAGUGUUUUUCUUCCCCUUGAGCUCUCGGCAGAGCAUUGUGGAUUGGGUGAGCUACUACAGUUCACAGGUGGUGUGAUUUGAUUGUGAAUGAGCAGUAUGUUGUACAGAUUGUCAAAUGUCUUCAGUUAUCUAAGCAGAUAUAGAUGUCUAUAUAAAUAUAGCUAACAAAAUACAGUAUGAUCCUUUUGUUAAUUCAAAGGCCAUUCUUUAGUGUUAAUUCUGUUUAUUUGCUCUACUUACACACUAAACAAAACACUAUUUUUUAAGUAAAUUACUUGCUUCAAUACUUUUAUUUAGCGCCCAAAUAAUCUUUUUGUGAAAAUACAGUACAACCAUUAACUGAAUAUGGUUUGUGGUAUUUUUUCCAUGAAUUGAUGUGAAGUGCUGUCUAUUAUGUGCACUGAAUUUUCCCUAUUUGCAUGUUUGUUAAAAAAAAAAAAAUAUGAAAGCUAGGCAGAUGGUUGUGUUUCAGCCUCAACAACUAUAUAUAUAUAUUUAACCAGAACUUCCACAAUGCUUGCUUCUGUUUUAUUGCUUCCUGUGGAGAAUGACUUAAAGCAAGCUGAAUGGCAACUCCCUGAAAUAUGUAUAAAGCAAAUACUGAAAUGUUUUGUGCACAUAAUUAUAUCAGUCUUUCUUGAUGAAAAUUUUCCAUGUUUCUGACUAUAUUUAAUGCCCAAAUUAAAUAAUGCCCAAAUUUUUACCACUGUAAUGAGGGUUUGGUACAUUUAUCCUGUAGUAUUACUAUAUACACAAGUCAGUGUGUAUAUUAGUUGCUAACUCUACUCCAGACAGAGAGGGCAAUUUAUUGGCCCUUGUAUCAGCAAAAUAAUGGAUAGGUAUCUAGCUGGAAAUUGGAUGGAUAUCCUAUCUGACAGGUUUAAUGAUCUCAUUGGCCCAUUGAUUUAGUUCUUGUUUGGCAGGUCAGUAUAGCCCCAUUAACAAUCCACCAAAUUUUUCAGAGAAAAAAAAUUACAAAAAUCUGUAAAAGUCUUCUAACUUUCCAGCUGUUAUUCAACUUCAGCUGCAAUCUCUUGGAGGCUCAUUUAUCAAAGGUUGAAUUUCGAAUUCAUGUGAAUUUUUUUGAUUUCGAAUAUAAUUCAAUUGGGAGUUUAUUUAAGAGAAAAUUUGAAUGCUAAUAUUCGAUCAAAUGGUUCCGACCCAAAAAUUCAAAUCAUAUUAGAUUCGUACUAAUCAAAUUUUGAAUGUCAGGAAGGCUAUUAACAUCUCCAAAUGGCUCGUCUGUCCUCUGCUAUUGACUUGUAAAUGAACUCGGCAGGUUUUAGGUGGCGAAUAAUCCAUGGUCAUGGUGGGAUAAAUCUCACAUUCAAAUUUACAUUCUAAUAGGGGGAUUAAAAUUUGAAUGUGUGAAUUUUGAAACUUGAAAAUUCGAAAUUUACUAUUCGACCCCUGAUAAAUCUACCCCUUACUGUCAGAGACUUCUGAGAUUUCAUCAACACCAAACAGCAAAAUGUAGGCUGGGUACCUCUCAAAUAUACUGGGUGCGUCUCGGAUAUAUAUUAUAAUAUGUGAAUUGUAAUAUGUACCGGUAGUUUUAGCAAUAUGUUUUUUUUUUCAAUGGGUCUCUCUGAAACUGACCGCACAAACUACCCGAAAACUAGUUUUAGAACUUGUUUUAUAUUGUUUCCAUGGAAUUGUAUGCUUCCAAAUUUGUUGCAAGCUUUGUAGAACUCUGUUCUUGUCAAGUGUACUUAACCUUUAUUUAGCCACAAUUUAAUGUGAACUAAAGUGAGGAUAUAGUGUUUGCAUCGUAAAGGACAAGCAAAGUGAAAACCACUGGGAGGUGAUAAUUUGUUAGGCAUUCCCCAGUGAUUGUAAUUGCUAAACUUGGAUGGACAUGGAAAGAAGUACCAGCCCAGUCCGAGGCUGGCAAUCAUGGUACCUAACCAGGGUGGUACCUAACAAAUUGCCACCCUCUAGUGUUUUACACUUUCCUUAAGUUUUACACUUUUCUAAGUUCAUUGCAUCUGGAAGUAUUUCUUUGUCACUUAAACAUUUUCCUGAAUUGUAUGCUGUUGCACUGGUCCCAAAAAGGAUGUUGUUUGUUACUCCACCUGGAAUACUGUUUUGUGUGCUGAGCUGGUAGUAGUGGAAUACAGGUGUCCCUGAGUUCAUGUUAAAUUCAGUGUAAAUUUGUACCUAAUGCAUACUUGUCUUGUCAUUUGUACAUAAAGGUUUGUCAGCAAA